ACCCCUAGAAAUUCAGCAAUACCAAUCAAAAUCGCGUCAUUUGAAAUUCGACAACCUUCGCAAUUAUACUUAACGUACGCGUUUAAUUUGACACAUAAAAUAGAUUGGAAUGACUUAAUUUUCGAAAACGAGAUUCUCAGAUGGGGUAGCUAUGGUGAUGUAUACAAAGCAACUUGGAAGUCAAAAGAUGGCCCACAGAAAAUCGUGAUUAAAAAAUGUAUACCCUUUGUAAAAGACUCCGCAAUUGAAAAAGAAUUCGAUAAACGGUGGUAGCUUUGGUGAUGUUUACAAAGCACAUUGGAAAACUGAAAACAAAGCUAUUGUUGUAAAAAAAAUUCGUCGCGUCGUAAAAAAUGCAAGCAAUGAUGAAAAAUCAAUUUUAAAUGAAAUUAAAAACAUAAAAGUUCUCAAUCAUCCGAAUAUUAUUACUUUCCAUGGAGUAGCAAAAGAUUCCGAAGAUAGAAUUUGCAUGCUUUUUGAGUUCGCCGAUUGUGGUUCACUCUACAGCUUCUUACAUGAAUCGAAUAUAAAAAUAUCACUAGAUGGAAAGUUUAAUUGGAUGAGCCAGAUAGCUAAGGGCAUGGAAUACUUACAUAACAAAAAAAAAGUCCAUCGGGAUCUUAAGUCUAAAAACCUCUUGCUUUGUAACAACUACCGUACGGUGAAAAUAUGUGAUUUUGGCACAAUUAAAGAACUUGCAACGGUUAAUACGGAAUGUAUUGGGACAUAUACUUAUAUGGCUCCAGAAACAUGCAAAGACGGAGGGCGUUACGAGGAAAAGUGUGAUGUUUUUAGCUUUGGAAUAGUUUUCUGGGAAGUAAUGUCUGGGAAGACGCCCUUUUAUGACUUUAAGAACGUGCUGCCAAUUGCUAUCCAAGGAAAAAUAAAUGAAGAAGGUAAACGUCCCAAUAUAGAUGAUAUUGACAAACUUAAGAAGUUUGAGUAUUUGAAUUGCAUAAAACUAUUAAUUCAAAAGUGCUGGGAUAUUGACCCACUAAAAAGACCAAGCAUGAGAAGAUUGGCCACCAUUCUUGGCAUUCAGCCUCGAGUUUAUAUGAACUAUCCACAUCUAUUGUUUGAAAUUGAUAGAUUGAGAGAUAUUUGUGAUGAAGACUUUAAAUUUCCUAAAUAAUAUAUUUUUGUAUGAAUUACAAUAAAAAUUAAAUAUUUUA